GGCCGGCCGGGGAUGCCGCUCGGGCCGCCGUGGUCCUUGUGCCAGUGAGCGCCGCGCGCCGCCGCAGCCAUGACGGUGGAGUUCGAGGAGUGCAUCAAGGACUCGCCGCGCUUCAGGGCAACUAUCGAUGAGGUGGAAACGGACGUGGUUGAGAUCGAGGCCAAACUGGACAAGCUGGUGAAGUUAUGUAGCAGCAUGAUCGAGGCAGGCAAGGCCUACGUCACCACCAACAGACUCUUCGUGAGUGGCAUCCGUGACCUGUCCCAGCAUUGCCAGGGCGACACUGUUAUAUCGGAAUGUCUGCAGAGGUUUGGAGACAGCCUGCAGGAGAUGGUCACCUACCACAUGAUCCUGUUUGACCAGGCCCAGAGGUCUGUGAGGCAGCAGCUCCACAACUUCGUCAAAGAGGACGUGAGGAAGUUCAAGGAGACCAAGAAGCAGUUUGACAAAGUUCGGGAGGACAUGGAGCUGUCGCUGGUGAGGAAUGCCCAGGCCCCGAGGCACCGGCCCCACGAGGUGGAGGAGGCUACCGGUGCCCUGAUCCUCGCCCGAAAGUGUUUCCGUCACCUGGCGCUGGACUAUGUGCUCCAGAUCAACGUCCUCCAGGCUAAGAAGAAGUUUGAGAUUUUGGAUUCCAUGCUGUCCUUCAUGCAUGCCCAGUACAGCUUCUUCCAGCAGGGCUACAGCCUGCUGCACCAGCUGGACCCCUACAUGAAGAAGCUGGCGGCCGAGUUGGACCAGUUGGUGAUCGACUCGGCAGUGGAGAAGCGGGAGAUGGAGCGCAAGCAUGCCGCCAUCCAACAACGGACACUGCUGCAGGACUUCUCCUACGAUGAGCCCAAGGUGGAGUUUGAUGUGGAUGCACCCAGUGGGGUAGUGAUGGAAGGCUACCUCUUCAAGAGGGCCAGCAACGCCUUCAAGACGUGGAACCGGCGCUGGUUCUCCAUCCAGAACAGCCAGCUGGUCUACCAGAAGAAGCUCAAGGACGUGCUGACUGUGGUAGUGGACGACCUCCGGCUCUGUUCUGUGAAGCCCUGUGAGGACGUCGAGCGGAGGUUCUGCUUUGAGGUCGUGUCGCCCACCAAGAGCUGCAUGCUGCAGGCCGACUCAGAGAAACUGAGGCAGGCCUGGGUUCAGGCGGUGCAAGCCAGCAUUGCCUCCGCCUAUCGGGAGAGCCCUGACAGCUGCUACAGUGAGAGGCUGGACCGCACCGCCUCCCCGUCCACAAGCAGCAUCGACUCUGCCACGGACUCUCGGGAACGCAGCGUCAAGGGUGAGAGUGUGCUGCAGCGGGUGCAGAACGUGGCCGGCAACAGCCAGUGUGGUGACUGCGGCCAGCCUGACCCGCGCUGGGCCAGCAUCAACCUGGGUGUGCUGCUCUGCAUCGAGUGCUCAGGCAUCCACAGGUGGGCCUCCUGGGCGGUGCGGAGGGGGUGGGGGCGGAGCCACGCCCUGACUCUUCCUCCGUCAUCAUCCAGGAGCCUGGGCGUCCAUUGCUCCAAGGUGCGGUCCCUGACCCUGGACUCGUGGGAACCGGAGCUGCUGAAGCUGAUGUGUGAGCUUGGAAACACCACCGUGAACCGGAUCUACGAGGCCCAGUGUGAGGGGCCAGGCAUCAGGAAGCCCACAGCCAGCAGCCCCAGACAGGACAAGGAGGCCUGGAUCAAGGACAAAUAUGUGGAGAAGAAGUUUGUGCGGAGGCCGCCCUCGGCACCAGCCCGGGAGGCCCCACAGCGCUGGAGGGUGCAGAAGUGCCAGCGUCACCACAGCUCCCCCAGAGCCCCUGCCCCCCGCCGCAGCAAAGUCCGGAUGGAGCCCGUUCUGCCCUCUGUGGCUGCCCUGUGCUCAGGCUCCGUGGAGCCCAGGUUCCGCAGGGACUCGCUCUUCUGCCCAGACGAACUGGACUCCCUUUUCUCCUACUUUGAUGCAGGGGCUGCCGCGGCCGGCCCACGCAGUCUGAGCAGCGACAGCGGCUUAGGGGGCAGCUCCGACGGCAGCUCAGAUGUCCUGGCCUUCGGCGUGGGCUCUGUGGUGGACCGCGUCGCUGAGGAGGAGGGUGCAGAGUCGGAGGAGUCCAGCGGCGAGGCGGACGGAGAGGCGGAGACCUGGGGCCUGGCAGACGUGCGCGAGCUGCAUCCGGGGCUGCUGGCGCACCGCGCGGCGCGCACCCGCGACCUUCCCGCCCUGGCGGCGGCGCUGGCGCACGGGGCGGAGGUCAACUGGGCUGACGCGGAGGACGAGGGAAAGACGCCGCUGGUGCAGGCCGUGCUGGGGGGCUCCCUGAUCGUCUGUGAAUUUCUCCUGCAAAACGGAGCGGACGUGAACCAAAGAGACAGCCACGGCCGGGCUCCGCUCCACCACGCCACGCUCCUUGGCCGUACUGGCCAGGUCUGCCUGUUCUUGAAGAGGGGGGCGGACCAGCAUGCCUUGGACCACGCUCAGCAGGACCCAUUGAGCAUCGCUGUGCAGGAAGCAAAUGCCGACAUCGUCACGCUGCUCCGUCUGGCGCGCAUGGCCGAGGAGAUGCGUGAGGCCGAGGCGCCCUCUGGCCAGCCGGGCCCUCUGACCGGCAGCAGCCCCACUGAGCUCCAGUACCGCAGGUGCAUCCAGGAAUUCAUCAGCCUUCACCUGGACGAGAGCUAGGGCAGCGGGGCGGGCGGGACCUCCCCACCGGCCCGUUCCCGGAGAGCACUGGUGUUCCGGAGCUCCUGGAGGCCCUGCUGCCGGCUCUGCCCUCUUCCUCCAGCGGCCCCCACCCCGGGCCGGAGCAGGACCAGCACUGAGUCUUCUGAAGCUCCAGUCUUCCCCAGGAGGUGUUGCAUCACUCCCCGCCCAGGGACCCUAUGUCUAACGGUGACCCCUUCCUAGGGGGCCUGGGUUGCUCGUGUCACAAACCACUCUCAAGGCCCCGUGUCACCUUGUGCUCCUCUCUGCUCCCCCAGGCCUGUGUCACCUCCUGCCCCUCUAUCUCUGGGCCCAUGCCACUUGGUGCCCCACUCUGCCCUCAGGGCCUGUGUCACCUCGUGCCCCCACUUUACUGCCCAAGGACACUGACCUGCUAGUCGGGUCCCUCCCAUGCCCUUAGCCCCUCCGCUGGGCCCUGGGCCCUGGGGCUGGUGGCUGGCCACCGGCACCUUGUGAGGGCAGAAGGGACCGCCCAUCCAGGGAAUCAACCCGUGUACCUCACUUAGCAACCCCAGCAUCCAGGCUGGGCUUCUUGGGUGCUUGGGGACUCUGGCCUGGGGCCUCAGCCCUGAUGGGGCACGGACGUCCUGAGGCCGUGUGGCUGGCCAUGCAGCCCCAUCUGUCCCUGCCUUUUCCCAGAGCGGGUGGCAAGUGCGUCGCUCUUCCCACCCCUGCAUCUGAUGUCCUUUGUCACAGACUGAGGGGUUUUCUACAGUGACCUCGUUCUCACUUUGUCUCACGUCUUUUCUCUGGACUCGAGGACCACCUUGACCCCCAGCUCUGCCCACUGCUGGGGGGGCUCUGCAGCUCAGCCCUGCCCCCUCACCAGCCUUGCCCCUGGUUCAGCCCAUGGGGCUUCAGCUCACCCCCAGGGCCCUCUGAUGCCUUCUGCAUUCCCCUUCCUGGAGCCCUGGGGCAGUGGCUGGGCCUCUCCCCAUCUCUACCCUCGGCCAGUCCAAGGCCAGUUGGCUGGUCACUAUGCAAAGGCUGCCCAGGGAGGCCCCAUGGGCAGCAAGGUGGGCCCCCAACUCCCUCGCCUGCUGGCUGUGACACCCAGAGAGCAGAAUUAACUCCUUCCUCUCUCCCUGCUUGAGCUCUGCCCCCACCUCCCACCCCACUGCCUACGCCAGGGCCUUUGCUAAGGCCUCAGCUGGCGGGACCCGCCUCCACUCCAGAUCACAGUUAAUAAACAGCCGCUUGCACCCGC